AUGCUGAGCGGCGCCACCAGUCAGGCCAGGCCGAGGCUGAGCCGCCUCUUCCUCGCGCCGGCUACCACAACGGCACCACUACUACCAGCACCACUAGUACCGACGUUGAUGUGGAACGCGGGCGGCCGCCGACUGAGGUCCACGUCGUCCCUGCAGGGCUUCUCCGAAUUGGCUCGAGAGCGCUCCAAGACCGUGACGUCGUUUUAUAACCAGUCUGCCAUUGACGUUUCCGCGGAGAAGGCUUCAGUGCGACUCACCUUAGCAACUUUGCUGUACGCAGGCAAGUCACCGGACGGACAUCACAUUCUGAGCAGCGCCAAGUACCUGCAUAAGGAGCUCCCUGUGCGGAUCGCUCACCGCAUCAAAGGCUUUCGGAGCCUGCCCUUCAUCAUUGGAUGCAACCCAACCAUCCUCCAAGUGCACGAACUCUACAUCAGAGCAUACCACAUGCUCAGCGACUUUCCUACUAUCAAGGAUCAGGACGUUGAGGCUCGCUUCUGCAAGCUGGUGCAGCAGCUGCUGGACGACCACAAGGACGUGGUCACCAUGUUAGCUCAGGGAUUCCGGGAAUGUCGCAAGCAUAUUCAGGAUGAGACGAUACUGCGCAACUUCCUGGACACAACGCUGUGCUCUCGCCUGGGAAUUCGUAUGUUGGCCACGCACCACCUCGCUCUGCAUGAAGACAACGCUGACUUUGUGGGCAUCAUCUGCAGACGUUUGUCCCCAAAGAAGAUCAUUGAGAAGUGGGUUGACUUUGCUAGGCGUCUGUGCGAGCAUCAGUACGGCAACUCUCCCAGAGUUCGCAUCAAUGGCCACGUGGCAGCACGCUUCCCCUUCAUACCGCUGCCGCUUGACUAUAUCUUGCCCGAGCUGCUUAAAAAUGCCAUGAGGGCGACCAUGGAGAGCCACUUGGAUACGCCUUACAACGUACCCGACGUGGUGGUCACCAUCGCCAACAACGACAUGGACUUUGUCAUUAGGAUUUCAGACCGCGGCGGCGGAAUCCCGCAUGGGAUCAUCGACAAGGUGAUGGAUUACCACUUCAGUACAGCCGAGGAGAGCGCGCAGGACCCUCGCAUGAGCAAUUUGUUUAACAACAUCACCAACAGCGGCAACCAGUCCGGACCCAUGCACGGGUUUGGCUUCGGGCUGCCGACGUCACGCGCGUACGCCGAGUACCUCGGUGGCUCUCUGUCCAUUCAAUCCAUGCAGGGCAUCGGCACCGACAUCUACCUGCGACUGCGCCACAUCGACGGCAAGGGCGAAAGCUUCCGUGUGUAA